AUCGAGCAGAGUCGCAAGACUCUGUAGAUGAGCGCUACGUCGAGCGUGCAUGGGCUUGGUUGCGAUGCUCGAACGCGAUCGUAGGUAAUAGUAACGAACAUGAGUGUCUCCACGAGAAAGCCUCCACUUCACGCAGCUGGAUGGCACUUCUCUUGGACUCUCACUCAUAUGUUUGAAAUACCUAUUGCAAUGUACUGACCUAGGAUGGCUCAAGUCGAAGGGCGGAGUGAGGUCAGGAAGGCACGACUCCCAGUCUGACGUGCUUCGUGCAUUACUCGAAAAUGGCGCCCGUGCGGAAGACGUUGACAUUCACAUCACGCGCUCCUUCGAGGGUCUACAGGUUCUGGCCAAUGUUGGCUGCGACAUGAAAGCACUUGGUCAUGUGGUCCUUCAGAACUUCGCAUCCGACCGAAUCGUGCUUGACUGGCUUCUCGAUCAAGGAGUCGACAUCAAUAGAACCGAUUGCCGCAGGCUCGACUGCGGAUCUCACCUCGCAGAGGAUGAAUACGACGACUCGCUCCAUGUCCUGAACCAGGUUGCAGCCAACGGAGAUAUCAUACUCCUAAGGUACCUGGUGGCCAGAGGUGCCGACCUAACAAAGAGUGUGGCAUUGCACGCUGUGUCGAGAUGCCACGAUCUUGCAGCUUCACUUCCGAUGCUCUCUUACCUCCUCGACGAGCAACACCUUGACAUAGAUACCGACAACGACGAGUUUCGAUACCUCAACAACAACCACGAGAAAGACAUCGGCACGCCUUUGUGCCUAGCGAUCUACGAGAGGAACCUUCCCGUCGCACUAGAGCUCAUUGCUCGCGGCGCCAACGUGCACAAAUUCGGAGGCCGUGGCUGCGAGCCGGUGAAGAAAGCCAUCGGCGAAACACGGGAUCUGGAGAACGGAUGCCUUCUACCUGUCAUCAGACCACUGAUAGCGGCCGGUGUCGAUGCUUCAUAUGCCAUGGAGCACGCUAUCAUUGUGCUACGCUUAGAGCCAGCAAAGCUUUUGCUGCAAUGUGGUGCGGAUCCGGUCACCGGAUUGAGAGAGGCUCUCGAGCAGGACGUGGAAAUCAGGCGAAAGGGUUCCCGUGCAAUGAGAGAAAGAAGUCAGGCCAUGGUGAGACUGUUGGAGCAUUGGGUUGAAAAGAGAAAGGGCCCUUAUUACCCAGAAUAGCGCGAGCAGUGCUUCUGCCGGCUACAGUCAUGACGGAUGAUGCAGCAUGCUCCACUUUGAGAGCCCUUGCAGGCGCUGAGAUAACAUACUGUGCCGCAUGGGCGGCUAUGCAAAUGCCCCGCGCUUACAGCCAAUUCACUGAGACUUAGCAGCGCCAUGUUCUUCCUCCACCAUCGAAUGCAGAACAAUAUUUG